CUCCCCUGCGGUCUCCUCAACUCCGCCCCCUUCUUGCCCUCACAGGGCGCAGGCGCAGGAGGCGGCAACAGUGCGCGAGGCACAGAGCGGGGAGAGAGAGGCGCGACUCGCGAGCUGUACACGCUGGUGAGGGAACAGAGCGAGCGCGCGAUCUUCCCCCCGCCACAGGCACUGAGGUACCUACCAACCGCUGCCCCGCGAGCGCGACGCGCCAACGGCUGCCGAAAAGCCCGACGGUCACUGAGCGCAAGGCGCCAACGGCUGCGGAGCGAGCGCGUUCGCGCGCUAGGUAACCCGUGAAGCGCGAACUCUCCGCUUAGUCCCCGCGUGAGAGGGGUGCCGCUGAGUGCCCAGCCCGGCAGUCACUACGGAAGCGGCCAUGGGGGACCGAGAGCAGCUGCUGCAGCGAGCCCGCCUGGCCGAGCAGGCGGAAAGAUACGACGACAUGGCCUCAGCCAUGAAGGCGAUGUUUCUAUGGCAUCAAGAAGGCAUAACUGGAGGAGGCCUUACCCACCAACCUGGGGAGCUUUCAUUCAAAGAUCGUGUAAUAGCUGCAUCCAGGAACAUAAACACUCACAGCACAAGAUCCCUCAAGGUGACUGAGCUGAAUGAGCCCCUCUCCAAUGAAGAUAGAAACCUGCUGUCUGUAGCCUACAAGAAUGUUGUUGGGGCUAGACGAUCUUCCUGGCGAGUCAUCAGCAGCAUAGAGCAGAAAACUAUGGCGGAUGGGAAUGAGAAGAAGCUGGAAAAAGUUAAAGCAUACAGGGAGAAGAUCGAAAAGGAGUUGGAGACUGUCUGCAAUGAUGUUUUGGCCCUCUUAGAUAAGUUCUUGAUCAAGAACUGCAAUGACUUCCAGUAUGAGAGCAAGGUCUUUUAUCUGAAAAUGAAAGGAGAUUACUACCGCUAUUUGGCAGAAGUUGCUGCUGGUGAGAAGAAGAACAGUGUUGUGGAAGCUUCAGAGGCUGCCUAUAAAGAGGCUUUUGAAAUCAGCAAAGAGCACAUGCAGCCCACUCACCCGAUAAGGCUUGGGUUGGCACUCAACUUCUCAGUGUUCUACUAUGAAAUCCAGAAUGCACCUGAGCAGGCCUGCCUUUUAGCCAAACAAGCCUUUGAUGAUGCCAUAGCUGAGCUGGACACACUAAAUGAGGAUUCCUACAAGGACUCCACACUUAUCAUGCAGUUACUUCGAGACAACCUCACUCUCUGGACAAGUGACCAGCAGGAUGAGGAAGCAGGAGAGGGCAAUAACUAAAGAGCUUUCAUCCCAGCCCUUCUUCAUCCACUCCACGAUCCCCAUUAUCACCAUCCCACAAUAUUUCCUUGCCACAGUUUCACUAAAUAUCUAGUGCUAAGCAUAUCUGUAUUGUCAGCACAGCUGUUCAGAUCUGCAGUCCUCUUUAUCAGGAGGCAGUUCUGGAUAAGUCUUCAUGAGCAUUGCUGGAUUGAUUGAUUGAUCUGCCCUGUUUAUCAUAGUUGCACUUGAAUGGUGCAGAAAGAUGCAUAUUAAAGAGGCAUUUUAGUUUGCCUAUUGAUUAUCAAAUAUGGGCAAGAAUAAUGGAAAGUGAAUUAAUCAAAAGUCUAAUCUUAAAUUUUCCAUUUGAAAUGAGCUGAUAGUGUUUUGUUGAGCAGUACAUCUUGUGCAUGCAAAGCAAAUUAGCCACCCCGAAAACUUUUUCAACCAAUGAAAACAGUUAAAAAGCUGAUGUGAAGUGACAACUUAAUUCUAUUUAUCAGUUUACAAACUGUUCAGAAUGUGAGGUUUUGGUAGCAACUUGCUUUUUGCCUCUUUAACUUAUGAUGUGCACAGACUUUCAUUUAAUGCAAUGCAUCUACUUAAAAGUUUUGAUACUUGUAACCUUUUUUGCAGUUGUUUUGAAAUAUCAUGAAUUUAUUUUUUGUAAACUCUUUGGCUGUUUAGUUGUCUGUGUAUUCUGACAGCGCCAUGUCAGUGUUAGCCCAUGUUAAGAUGGAUGACUCUCUGAGAUGCCAGACUUCUAAAUUUAAUGUUUUGGAAUUAAAUGAAUAAAAUAAAAUGCUGCUUCGGAAAUAUUAUCUCUA